AUGUCCACCGCUCCUAUAGAAUCCCGCAGCGGGCAAGUGGUUGCUAUCGUAGCGGCUGUUCAGGCCCUAUCUACUAUCUUUCUAGCACUACGGUUUUACACUAGACUAAGAAUCCAACGCAUGGGCUUAGGUGCAGAUGAUUGGAUCAUCAUAGCCGCAUGGCUACUUACUCUGACCUAUGGCACCGACAUCAGCCUACAAACGAAAUUCGGUCUCGGCAAGCACCUUAUAGACUUGCCCCGGGAAACCGAUUUUACUACUUCAAAUAUCCUCUUCUACGCUAAGCAGCCAGUAUACUAUAUAAGCGUAUCCUUAACAAAGGUUUCCAUCAUAUUCUUCUACUUCAGGCUCUUCCCACAGGUUAAUUACCGGAUGUUUCUCUGGUUUAUGAUGACAUUCGUUCUUCUUACUGGCUUUACCUCUAGCGUAGCCGGCAUAUUCCAAUGUCAUCCCAUCCAUAGAGCUUGGGAUACUAGUGUUCCCGGAACUUGUUUUGACCUGCGAGCACUAUUUUGUGCCAAUGCGGGCUUAAACAUCUUCCAAGACUUUGUGAUUUAUCUUCUACCAUCUCCAAUACUCUGGAACAUUCAGCUGCCCGUCAAGCAGCGUAUUGCAUUAGUUGGCAUUUUUGUGGUGGGUGGCUUCGUUUGCAUUACAGGAAUCGUACGUGUAGCCACGCUUUGGGAUGCGAUUUACUCUGACGACCCUACCUGGUAUCACUUUGACGCCGCCGUUUGGUCUGCAAUCGAAUCCAAUUUUGGUAUCGUAUGUGCUAGCUUGGUACACUUCAAGCCUCUCAUCGCCAAGAUUGCCCCGUCUAUUCUUGGUACACCUCGUUCACCUAAACAUGGCAAGAUGGUAAAGCUCAAGGACAACCCUGGCAACCCCGAGAACGCCAAUCGUAUAACUUUCGGUCAAUACCAGGGCAAUAAACCGGUUGACAGUCUGACCGGAACGGAAGUCGAAGAGGAUAUAUGUAAAGACUGA